UAACUUACACGCAUCGCAUACGUAAUACAUGACGCGAGUGUGUAGUGGGCUUUGUUUAUUUUUUUCUUAAAUUUUUUAUUUUUUUACAAAAACAAAAAAGAGAUAAAAUUGUGCGUGCAAUCAUGCUAAAGCAGUGUGUUACGUUGACCAUCCUGGGGUGUGUUAUGGCGGUCCCCGUUCCGAGAGCACAGCAUCAGUACCAGACUCAGCCACAGCAACAGGUCGAAGGCAUACCACCACACCUUUUGAGGCAGUACAUCGGUCAACAAGCCCAAGCUCCCACACAGAUCAUCGCCAGACCCGUACAAGCAUCGCAAGCUCCUGCGCGCCUUCCAUAUUCAGCACAGAGCGAAGGUCAGUACCAGCCACAGUACCAAGCUCAGCCUCAACCCCAACCACAGUACAGGCCCCAGUAUCAACCCCAAAGACAACAGGAGCAACGCGAUCCCCAGGAGGACUAUGAUCCCCAUCCAUCAUACCAGUUCGGCUUCGACGUCAACGAUGACCAGUACACCAACUACCAGAACCGUAAAGAACAGCGCGACGGUGACGUCAUCAAGGGCUCCUAUUCGGUGGUAGACAGCGAUGGGUUCGUGAGAACCGUCACAUACACCGCCGACCCUAAAGAGGGAUUCAGGGCUGAGGUUUCUAGGCAGCCAACCGACAUCGUAGUGAAGAUCCCUACUCCCAAGCCGCAGCUGCAAGCCCAGGUAGCACAGCCACAGCCUCAGGUGGCCCACGUGCCUCGGCAGCAAUUAGUUCAACAACAGCAGGCACCACAGUAUUACCGUUACGAACAGUAAACUAAUAUAGUCACAUCAAUAAUAAUGUCUACAAUAGGUUAUUUUAGGAAUAAAUAUCCGGUUACUACAUUACCAUCCAGUGUACACUUAUAAUAUUUAUUUUCUAUUUAUUUUUACUGAAAAAAAAUCUUAAAAAAUGCUAUGAUAGUAGACGUUAUUAUUGCACACUGAUGAUAGUUCAUGUUUAAAGUUUUAAUCUGUUCCUUAUAGAGAUUAGAAAAUAAAUAAAUAUCAUAACUUGUCAUAGACAACGGUGUCUUUUAUCUAUUACUUUUUCUAUCUUAUACAAUCUGACAGAGUAAGUCGAUACAAAUUAUUUAUUUAAUAAGUUUUUUUUUUCUCUAUAAGCAAUGUUCACAUGCAUAUUUUAGUGCAUUAAAUUUCAAACUGUGGUAAUGUCACUUGCCACUAAUAAUUGUAUUAAAAUAUGUGUAAUUUAAUUAAUUUCUUUUACAUAUUAAUUGACAUGGACCUAAUUUAUAAUUGCGGUGAAUGUUAAAAUAAUUUUUGUAUGAAAUUUUACUUUGUAAAUUUAUAUAAAAACUUAAAUAUUACUAUUAAUUAUAAGGAAUGUGAUUGUAAAUAUUUAGAAUAGGAGUCUUUUUAUACGUUAUUUGAUUAAAACGUUAAUAAU